GGGCAUGCAGGGGUCGCGCUUCUUGUUUGCACGCAGAAAGAGGUGACCAGUUUACCGAUGCAAGUUCCUGACCUUGAACCGCAAACAGGGGUCGAGGUACAAUCUGGCUAAGCCUCAAAUGUGCUUGUUUUAUACACAUCGAGAGCCGCGCACGGCACCUGUUUUGCAAGUGAUUUGCAUUCUGCAAAACCCCAGAAAUUCCAGCAAGUUCACCACUUCCGGUCCGGCGGGUUGUUCUACGGCUUCAACAACGGAAGUGGCAUAAGAAGUGAGGGCUCCUUCCGGUUCCGGCCUCGCGAACUCCAGUGUGGCAACAUGAAACUGCUCACCCACAAUCUCCUGAGCUCGCAUGUGCGGGGCGUGGGCACGCGUGGCUUCCCGCUGCGGCUGCAGGCCACCGAGGUCCGCAUCAACCCCGUGGAGUUCAACCCCGACUUCGUAGCGCGGAUGAUCCCUAAAGUGGAGUGGGCGGCGCUUGUGCAGGCGGCAAACACAUUAAACCUGACCGAAGUACCCAAAGAGCCUACUGAAGGUUAUGAACAAGACGAGACGUUUUUGAGGAAGAUGCACCACGUGUUGCUUGAGGUUGAUGUGCUAGAGGGCACCCUGCAAUGCCCAGAAUCUGGCCGUCUUUUCCCCAUCAGCCGCGGGAUCCCCAAUAUGCUGCUGAAUGACGAGGAGACUGAGACGUAAACUUGUUAGCCACCACUUUGGCAUGUUGUGAUGUGUCAGUUGUAUAGCCUGUUAAAUAGGUGUGUGACCCCGAUCUCCCCCCAGUGACUCAACAACCACCAUGUACUUGAGCUCCAUAGUAUAUUUUUUUCUCAUUAAAGGUUCAAAACCAAAA